AUGUCGACCCAAUCUCCUCACCCUCCUACGCCCAAGGGCCCUCGCAACGGCAAUCCCAAUCACCACAAUAACAACAACACCAACCGAAGAUCUUCCAAGAAAAAUACAAACCCAAACACAAAUACCACUCCCCAUGCUCAGAAGGUUGCCAUGUUAAACACUCCGCCCUCAUCGCCUCCACGGAAUAUCAGCCCGGGUGUCGCGACCGAUUCCUCGGCCAACAUGCACUCCAAGAAGAAGCAGCCGCCGCGCUCCGUGAAGAAGAUGCCCAACGGCAAUCGCGCUUCACCUGCGCCCAAUGGUGGGAAUGGCCAUCAACGUCAGGCAUCUCAGGCAAGCAAUACCCCCGCUAAAGAUGCCGCCUACGCUGGCCCAACCUUCCACGCAUCCCCCGCCCCGUCGGCUCUCCCCAUGCCGAGCUUCUUUUCCAAAUCCUAUCCCGAAUCUGAACUCCCAACCACCCUUGAGACCGAUAGCGAAGAGAACGAGCCAGUCUCGGAGACCACUCCUUCGAAACCCCGCGCCGCUCGCCCCCAGCCGCAACAGCAAUCGCAACCCCAGACUCAGUCACAGCCUGCGGCCCAGCACAAACCUUCGCCCAUCGAUUUCCUCUUUGAAGCUGCCAAACGAGCACGGAAUCCCGACUCAAAUUCACUCACUAGCCCGGAGGCGGCGGCCGCCCGCCUGCGUUCCCCGCAGACUGACUCCAAAGCUCUCCACGGCAACAGCAACAACGGUGGCGGCAUUUUCGCCUUUGAAAUGGGAUCACCCGAGCGUUCGCAAAUUGGCCCAUCAUUUGCCCCGUCCUACCAAGACCGAAUGAAUGCACUGCGCGCAUCCAGUUCCCCCUCCCAUACGCAGUCACAACCCUCAUUGAACACCAUGGAAGAUCAACGCCGGCUCAAGACUGAGGAACUGAAACACCUGUUGCUCAACCCGAGACCACAGAAGCCACCAUCGUCGGUCUCUCCUCCACACGAGAGACAGAGUCCCGGGCCCCGACCCCACACCACCGCCAAUGUUCCUCAUUACGCAACACCGAUGCGAACCACCUCCGGCCCUCCAUCCACCAUGUCUCACGGCCCGUCGCAACCCCCACCGAUGCCAGGCAACUACUCCUACGGACACCAUCUGAAUGGCUCCCAGCCAAACAUCCGCAACACGAACUCGCCGCUUCGCCGUGAGCUUCCGCAUAACUCAGCCGGCUCCUCGCCAGCUCCGUAUGGGCAUCACUACAAUGCGCCGGCCCCACAGCGCGCAAACUACGUCUCGCCUCAGCCGCAGUACACCAAUGCCGCAUUCCCCAUGCCUACACAUUCACCUUCGCCUACCAAGUCCCUGGAGACGAAGCAGAUGGAGGAUGAUCUCCGCCGUGUGUUGAAGAUCGGUGGGCCUGGGAUACCAUCCGGUGGGAUGCAGAGUCCUUUUGCGGCUUAA